AUGAGUAUUAAAGUGGAAGAUAACUCAGGUGGCCUUAAGAGGAAUCAUGAAGAGUUAGAAACUGGAACCAAAAAUGUUUCAACGAAUAAUAUUCUAAAUAAAAAUCCUCCAAAUUAUAAAAAACAAAUUAUCGUCCCAGUUCAAGCUCCUAAGAUCCAUUACGUUCCAUUAAAGACUGGGUUAUGUUACGAUGUUAGAAUGAGGUAUCAUGCCAAGAUAUUUACUUCGUAUUUCGAAUAUAUCGACCCUCAUCCUGAAGAUCCAAGAAGAAUCUAUAGAAUUUAUAAAAUAUUAGCAGAAAAUGGGUUAAUUAACGACCCAACUCUAAGUGGUGUGGAUAAUAUUGGUGAUUUGAUGUUGAAAUUGCCUAUUAGAGAAGCCACCAUGAAUGAAAUCCUAGAAGUUCAUUCGAUUGAGCAUUUCAAAUAUUUAGAAAAGACAUCUAAUGAUAAUAGAGAACAAUUGUUGAAAGAAACUGAAAAUGGUGAUUCUGUUUAUUUCAAUAACGAUUCUUUUCAAAGUGCCAAAUUAUCAUGUGGUGGUGCUAUUGAAGCAUGCAAGGCGGUUGUUGAAGGUAGAGUGAAAAAUGCAAUGGCAGUGGUAAGACCACCAGGUCAUCAUUCAGAACCUGAAUCUGCUGGUGGGUUUUGUUUGUUUAGUAAUGUUGCUGUAGCAACAAAAAAUAUUUUAAAAAAUUAUCCUGAAAGUGUAAGAAAGGUUCUUAUAUUAGAUUGGGAUAUUCACCAUGGGAAUGGGACACAGAAGGCCUUUUAUAAUGAUGAUAAUGUCCUUUAUAUUUCAUUGCAUAGAUUUGAAUUGGGUAAAUACUACCCAGGUACAAUUCAAGGUCAAUAUGAUCAAACUGGUGAAGGGAAAGGUGAAGGUUUUAACUGUAAUAUUACUUGGCCCAUUGGAGCUGUUGGUGAUGCUGAAUACAUGUGGGCAUUUGAACAAGUCGUCAUGCCAAUGAGUAGAGAAUUUCAACCAGAUUUGGUCAUUAUAUCUUCAGGUUUUGAUGCAGCCGAUGGUGAUACUAUUGGCCAGUGCCACGUCUCUCCAAGUUGCUAUGGCCACAUGACCCACAUGCUAAAAUCAUUGGCCAGAGGGAAUUUAUGUGUUGUCUUAGAAGGUGGUUAUAAUUUAGAUGCCAUUGCAAGAAGUGCGUUAAGUGUUUCUAAGAUUUUAAUUGGUGAACCACCUGAUGAAUUACCUGAUCCAUUAAAGGAUCCAAAACCAGAAGUAAUUGAAAUGAUAGAUAAAAUUAUUAGAUUACAAUCCAAAUAUUGGAAAUGUUUUAGACGUCGUCACGGAAAUCUAGGUUGCAAUUUUAAAGAAUCCAUUAACGAUAGUCUAAUAUCCAAAAAUUUCCCUCUACAGACUGCAAUUAGAAAUUUCCAAUCGAAAAAAUUAUUUGAUGAAUUAAACUUUUUAACAUUACCAAUUAAAAAUUUUCAAAAAAAUAACAUGUCUACUUCUACUACAAAUUCCAUAAACAAUAAGACAACUUCUACAGUUAUAUCUAGCACCUCUACAGGAACGCCAGGUAAUAGUAAAGAAAAAAACGAUACUGAUGAUAUUAACGGCAAUAAUACCACAACAGAAACUAAUCAUUCUUCAGAUUCAAUUGUUCCUCCAGAUGGCUCUACUGAAACAAAAUCUUCUUCGAUAAAUUCAAAAAAAUUGGAAAACUCUACAACAAAUAUAAAAACUAUUAGUCCUUUAAAUGAAAACACCAUAUUAUGUUCUCCUGCUAUUAUACGAUCAAAGACUUUGGUUGUAUUAGUACAUGAUUCCCCCGAUCUUUGGACAAAGAGAGAUGUUUCAACUGGUGUUGUAGACCUUUCUUCUACCAUUAUAAUUGAUUCAACACUCGACUUUAUUAAAUGGUCUCUAGAUAGAAAUUAUGGGGUUAUAGAUAUUAACAUACCACAAACAUUGUUCGAACAAGAUAAUUAUUCUUCAAUUCUAGCGGCACAAGAAACAUUACUAUCAUUUUGGGAUAAUUAUUUGAAAUAUUUCCCUUACAUCGAAAAAAUUGUAUUUAUUGGAUUUGGUGAUGCUCAUGCAGGUAUUGUCCAUUUAUUGGGUCAUAGAGAUACAAGGUCUGUUGUCAAGUCUGUGAUUAACUUUUUGGGUAAAAAACCAUUGAAGGCAUUGGUACCGUUAGUCGAUGAAACAUUAAGUGAUUGGUAUUUUAAAAACUCUUUGGUUUUUACGGAUAAAAAUCAUCCAUUUUGGGCUGAUAAUGAAAACAAAAAACCUAGAAAGAAAUUUGGUAGAGUAUUACGAUCUCAACAAGAUGGUAUUGCAAAUCUAAUAGAAGAGAGAUUUGAUGAAGCUACUGAUUUUAUAUUGGAUUCAUUUGAAGAAUGGAGUGAUGAAGAAUAA